AUGUAUGUGAAAUGGUUUGAUACAGUAAUGUUUUACUAUGUGAUUUUAGUGAAUUUAGCGAAUGUCACUUUUUGUCAUUUUCAAAUUUCUGGCCGCUCCAUCCCCAUAUGUCCUGGCGUCGCAGGGGACGGAACCCAGAUGACAGAUGCCGGCAUCUGCCAGAGGACAUUGCCGGACACACUGCAGGAGGGACAUCGCAGGAGAGAAGGACAAGGUAAGUGAAGAACAGAUCCCAGAGCAGCACCACAUGGUAAGUCCAAAUGUAGCUCGGGGUUACCGCUUGUGCUACACUCGGGAAUACCGCCAGGGAGGCAACACUAA